GCACGAGAAUACUCCUACGAUGGUAACAUGACAGCUGUUUGAGGUUACCGUCACUUUGUGUAGGGCAAUUGGUGACUCCGGGGAGCGAAAUGGCAUUUUUGGCGAACAAGAUUUCUAUUCCUAACUUAAUUACGUGUUCCAGUCAAUUGCUCGCUGGAGGAUUCCAACAAGUACGUACGAAAUAUGCUGACUGGCGAAUGAUUCGGGAUGUGAAAAGGCGGAAAAUGGUAGGCGAGUAUGCGAAGGAACGUCUGCGAAUCAAUUCUUUGCGAAAAAAUGAUAUUCUUCCAAUCGAGCUUCGAGAGAUGGCUGACGCAGAAAUCGCCGCUUUGCCUAGAGAUUCUUGCUUGGUGCGAGUACAUAACCGUUGCGCGAUAACUUCUCGUCCAAGGGGAAUUGUUCAUCGUUGGCGACUCAGUCGAAUUGCUUGGCGCCAUUUAGCGGAUUACAAUAAAUUAUCUGGGGUACAACGGGCUAUGUGGUAGAGGAUGAGAACUAGAAUAUUUGUAGUAAAUAAUUUGGAGGAGAA